UCUGCCAUAUUCGUCUUAGUACGUAUUCAGUCUCAAUCGUGUGCACACGUUGAAUAAUUCUCAAUAAAAUAUCAGUGUGUUUAUUUUUGCUUUCCUAUAUAAUAUCCUGAUGGCUAAAUUCGUUAAAUACAGUGAUUUUCUGUCCCCUUAUUAAUAUAUUUUUGUGAUUUGUUUGGAAAGACUUAUUGAAUCAGAAUUAGCUGAUAGUUCUUCGCCGAAGGGCCAAGUUUUCGCUACGACCCGUCUCGGUGACAGCAUACAUGAAUUAUUCCGACGAACUGUUCCAAAAAAUGACCAUAUCUUUGAUGUUCCGUGUCAACCCCAUCUACUAUUCGGACUACUCCGAUACGAUCUAAGCUUGUAUCUGAAACUAUUGAAAUUACUGCAAAAGAAGCAUCUAUUCUGCCAUUGGCUCUACCAUUUCGAAUACUACAAGUUCGGUGUCUACUCUAAAGAUAUUACCUGACAACAUAAUAUCGACUCGGACUCAAGACUUGAUUGUACAAUAUGGAUAUCGUGGCUAAUUACCACCCGGUCCUCAAGGCCUUCCUCGCUGGUUCCUUCUCGGGCACCUUCAGCACCAUCCUGUUCCAGCCCUUGGACCUGGUGAAGACCAGAUUACAGAACCCCAGCCAGCAUGUUGUUGCGGCGACUCUCAACGGCCGAAUCCAACCCGGCAUGAUAACAAUCUUCGCAAACAUAAUCAGGCAGGAACAAAUAGCCGGGCUGUGGCGCGGCAUGGUGCCAUCUAUAGCCCGUUGCGUGCCUGGCGUGGGGCUAUACUUCUCGUCCCUUCAUUGGCUGAAGGCCAAACUUGGCAAGACCAGGAGCCAGGACCUGGGAGCGCUGGAAGCAGUAACCCUCGGAGUCGUCGCUAGGACUAUGAGCGGAGUUGCGCUGAUCCCCAUCACUGUUAUUAAAACAAGAUAUGAAUCCGGAGUAUACAAGUACAACAGCCUGGGCGGAGCACUGAAGGCAAUUUACAAGGCGGAGGGCCUGAGGGGGCUCUCGUGCGGCCUCGGGCCUACUUUGGCGAGAGAUGCCCCCUUCUCGGGACUCUAUCUCAUGUUCUACACUCAGGCGAAGCAGUCUGUUCCUAAAGAAUGGAAGCAAUCUCCCAGCGCGGCUAGUGUGGUCCACUUCAGCUGCGGCAUACUGGCCGGUAUAGCCGCUUCAUUGGCCACCAACCCGGCAGACGUUCUCAAGACCAAGAUGCAGUUGUAUCCGGACAAGUUUCCUAACGCCUUCAGUGCUGCCCUCUAUGUCCAACAGACAUAUGGCAUCAGGGGAUACUUCAAAGGGGCUGUUCCAAGAAUGCUGCGUAGAACUCUGAUGGCUGCCAUGGCGUGGACGGUAUUCGAAGAGAUAACUCGAUCAAUUGGCUUAAAAUGAUACAGAUUAAUCGAUUAAAGAAAUCGAAUUGAUUGAUCGUAAAUCAGCUCACUGAGUGUGGGUGCUAUGUUCCUAGAUUUUUAUAUAUAUUGGAGUUUGACCUGUUUUUAUUGCCUUGUGUAGCCGUUUAUAUAAUCACAUAAUAAAAGUUAUUUUAUUAGAUUAGGUUGCCAAGAGGUUUGAGAUAAACUGUGUAUCUUUGUUAAGUUUUUUGUUACCAUAAAAACCAUGUUAAACAUGAAACAUGUAAUCAUAGCUGUAAAAUGUGAUAUUUCUUGUAAUAAAUUGUUGGAAUAAAUAA